CUUCUUCACACCUCUUAUUGAAUUGCACCAUGGCCAUCAAAGGGGUGGAUUGUCGGCCGGGCUACACAUCCGAGAGAUGCGCUCGCUCGGCGGCUGCAACCGAGCCCCGUCCACUUCCACUGCGGGAACUGCUUCCGAACCAUGCCAAAGCAUUCAUAUAUAGUUCCAAAACGGAUUCAGUUUGAUUCAGUCUUCCAGGUCAUUCUUAAGAAAGAUCGAAGAAGCAGAAUGUCGAACAAGCUUGUCCCCCUCACCGUCAUCAAAGGCGCCGGCCACGAGUUCAUCCCUCUCCCCGCGGGCCAGAACGCCACGACAGCCGAUUUCCACUCCAUCCGCACCCAGACGGCCGACUCUCCCUCCUACUUCACUUCGGGAUUCUACAAGAUCGAGGCGGGCCCCCACCGACCCGCGCACUAUGCUUUCGAGGAGACCAAGUAUGUCUUGAGUGGGCAGAUCGAUGUUUUGGAUGAGGCAACCGGAAUCACCCACCAUCUAGUCCCCGGUGACUUUGCAUUCUUCCACGUCGGCUCCAAAGUUCAGUUCUCGACCAAGUCCCACGGAUUUGCCUUUUAUGCUGUCACUCGACCCGUUCGGUCCCCGCACCCUAACCUUGUCGGCCGAGAGGAGGAUAAAGCCCGGCUGUGA